CGACCAGGAUAGAAAACUUGUCGUUUGAUCAAGUUUUGCCGAUGACAGCGUACGUUUCAUUUGAUGGCAUUUCCGCUUGUUCUCCUGUUAAAAUUAAACGGUAAAUUUGAGUCUUUCUUCUUUGGCAAGUCAACCCAAUACGAUGGAAAUCGUGGUUGAAGCUUCAGAAAUCUUUCUAGCCUGUCGAUGUAUUAUUGAUUGACUGUCGAUGCCAAUCGUUAUGGCGACACUGGUUCUUUAUAGUUUCGCUGUUUUUCUACUGAAUCUGUUAUGGGAGCCCUCAUUUGUCGAAGGUAAGAACUUGCUUUACAAUCCUUAUAAGCGAACGAUUAUUCACGAUGUUUAUCAGCUUUUUAGGAGUGAGCAGCAUCGCAAUCUUGAGCUGGGCGACAUCUUGACCGAAGAUCAUAAAAAUGUUUAAUAUGUUUUGGCUUUCUCAUUUGACAGAUAAUUAGAUCGUUGGAAAGGUUUAAAGCACUUCUCGCUAGAUAAAUCUUCUACCAAAAGAACUGCAAAUGUAAAAGCUUUGACCAAUACUUAACUCAGCUCGAGUACAGCUGGGCAUGUAACUUAUAUUUGUGCACAUAGGAUGUUAGCGGAUUUCCUACAAAUCCUGUCCGUUUGAACACUCAGAAGUCCCGGGUUUUCCAAAUUUAAUACCUAAAUAAUCUUUGUGGGAUUUAUGGAGUAAAAACGGCGAACUUGUUUGAGGCCUGUAUAUAUUUUAAAGCAACCACUUUUCGGCGGAAAAAUUUCCGUAUUGCGACUUGCAAUCUGCUAUAUUUGCCUAGUUUUGCAUAAGCAAAUAGGGGAUAUUUCUUGUGAGCUACUGUAAGCUUCGCUCGGAGAACCGGUCUAUAAAGCAACAACCGUGUCCCUUUUUCUAUUCCUAUUAUGGAGAUUAAAUUAUCAGUUUCAAUUAAAAUAUUAAUCGACCGUACAAGUUUGUAUCGACAGCAACUGGCCGAGGUCCAAAGUGUUUUAUUUAUCCAUUUGGAACGAUCUUCUUCCGGUCUUCGCCUUUUGCCUUCACCUUCCUUGUCACGUUUAAUUAGCUAAAACCCAUGAACAACGUGAUAUAAAUGUUUCUUAAUAUUUUUAUAAAAAUGUUAUCUGUUUUCCUCCCUUUGAUCUAAUGGGUAAAGACUUCCUGUCUGACUUUUCUAUAAAUAAUUUUCCUGAAGGUUUAAUGAAUGUGCGUGCAUGUUCUUUUUUAAUUUUUGGUCGAUGACAUAUUACAGUGUUCGCUUGUUUGCAGCUGAAAUUUAUUUUAGAAAUGACAUAAUUGUUUGAUAUUGUGAUGUCUAUGCAAAUUAAUGACGCUUGGGAAAAUGAGGACAAGUUAUUCACCAGGGUAUUCAGUAGUUUAAUUUCUUUGUUCCUUUCCAUUAUUUAAUUUUUAGUCAAUUUGAUAAGUAAACUUAAAUAAUUAGAUAAUUGACUCAUUGACUUCAGCUGUCUUCAAGUCUAGUGCUGUGUGAAAAAUUUUUUGAUUCUGAACCUAUGAUAUCCACAGUGCCCAACAUUUCAACAAAUUUCAUACAAACCAUGAUUUUCUUGCAAUGAAAAGGCAAAAGUCACAAUUAGCGGCCUGUUAGUCUCCCUCUCACCUGUUUUUGUGUCAUCAAGCAACUCUCCUCCCCGUCUCCCUCUCAGCUGUUUUUGUGUCAUUAAGCAACGCUCCUCCCCAAAAAACAGCUGGUCACAUUUGAACCACUUUCCUUUCCAAACUUUAGCCAAUAACAGCUACUGUUCUUUUUUCUGGAAUUGCUUUGUGCCAAACUAUCCCUUCACAUGCUGUCCAAUCUUUGUCUAUUUUCUAUCAUGUCAUAUGGGAUGUUGAGUAGUCUCCUACAGAAGCCAUUAUUUGUCUCUUUAUGUACAAUAGAAAUCUUGGUAGCUGUGACCAUAUUAUAUUUUAGUAAAAUCCAGCAAGUGGUCUAUCAUCAAUGCUGCAUUCUGAUUGGUUGAGCUACUACUAGGCUAUAUAUUAUAGCCCACUAGUAGCGAAAAGUGCUGGCUUUUUGGCAGCAAAAAAGAAUUAAAGUCUAUCUUUCUCGAGCUAAAGUUGUUUUGUCUCUAUAUUUUUUGACCAACUAGUUGGAUUGUACUAAAACAAUUAUUCCUCUCGUCCUCGUGGCCUCUGAGUCAAUAGCCCAUUCGGCCGAAUUGACUCAGACCCCAUUCGGGCUCGAGGAAUAAUUGUUAAAUAUUGCUCACAAACUCAUAAUUGAGGCAGACUAGCACUCCUCCAUCUGAGCAAACUGACCAUUCUCUAAGAGAUCAAUAUUUUUCUUAGUCUAAUACUGUUGCUCCUAAACUAUGUACACUGAUUCAUUAUUUUUCUUUGCAGGCACUAAUUCAUCACAGUCGUCAUUCAGUAAUUUUUCAACUCCUGCAGCAGGCAAUGGCAUUCAUACCCAUCUGGUUCCUUCUAAUAUGACUCAAACCACCACUAGUUCUCUAUUGGUUAAUUCUACUGCAAUACUCUCUGCAACUCGUGGAUUACCUGGAAUAAGGGAGAAUGAAACAGGCGCUCAAAUUGAUAAAGAUGGUACCAGGGAGAGAAGUUCAGGCAAAAAUGAGCAUGGUGUCCAGCCAAAAGAACCAAAUAGUACUAGAAUUUAUGUACCAAGUGACCAAACUGAUGAUAAAGGUACAAGUAAUAAAUAAAUAAAUAAAAAUACAAUGUAUGUUUUGGAGGGAUAGUUUUGGGUUUAGGAUACCCUGAGAAGCUUUCAAUACUUGAAAUAGUUUUUGAAUCAUAGGAGGAUCGGAUUGCUGAACAAUUAAAAUACUCUUUCACUACCAGAGAAGUAUUUUGCUAAAAAGGCUUGAAACAUUUUGAUAAGGGCAACAAUUUUGAUAUUUUGUGGGGUGGCAAAGUUUUGAACAAACAACUCUGUCCCCAUUACAUCAGAGUCACACCUUCCCCCUUCUACAUUACAUAAGGCAGUACAAAUUUUUUUCACCUAAUUAUGCAGGGUUUCUGAUAUUUCGCGGAAAAAAAAGCAAAAUUUCACGGGAUUUUCAGGGGCAAAUUCGCGGAAAAAUUGGCCAAUUUCGCGGGAUUUUCGCGGGAAAAAAGUCAAAAUUCGCAGAAAAAUCGGCCAAUUUCGCGGGAUUUUAGCGGAAAAAAGUCAAAUUUCGAAGGAUUUUCGGGGCAAAUUCUAAGACAAAUCGGCCGAUUUCACAGGAAAUUUUGGGGGGAAACUUUGCCAAGAAACAAUCAGUAAAAAACAGCCGAUUUCGCUGGAUUUUUGUGGCAAAUUUCGCUAAAAUCGAUCAAUUUUGCGUCGAUAUGACCAGCAUUUGUUUAACGUUUUUUUAACAGGGAUAAUCAUUAAUUUUGCUCUUUCAACAACGGUUCGCUCGAGAAAUGAGCGAAUGCUAAAGCUGUUUACAUUAUGGUUAGUGCCCAGUUUUUCGCAACGUUCAUCUAAGAACGCCUGGUAGUUUUGAGACGUUGUUUACUCGUUGCAGUGACGAAGUUUCAAGAUAAAUUUGGAUGUUUGGGGUGAAUAGAACAGGUCUAAUCGCCAAGAUAAGUAUUAAAUAUGUUUUGCCAACAUGUAUUUGGAAAUAUUUCUGUCGGAUUUCGCGGUAUUUCGUGUUUUUUUGGGAAUUUCGCGGGAUUUCGCGGAAAUACCUGAAUUUUGCGGGUCCGCGACCGCGCGAAAUAUCAGAAGCCCUGAUUAUGUCAUCGGAGAUAGUCCAUAAUGUCAAAAAAUAUAAUAUACCACCUGUAGCAUCUGUUUACAUUCAGUCAUGUUUUACAAGUUGACGUUAGCAAGUAACAUUGACUGGUCACUAGGAAGUGAAAGUUUUGCUUGAUUCAUGGCAAACAGUUUUCUAAAAUUAUUUCUUUAUGUAGGUGGUGUACCAUUUUGGGCAUACAUCAUCAUUGCUGCUGGAGUGGUUCUUCUUCUUAUUGCUGUAAUAGUUAUCCUUUAUGGGAGAAUGGAUAGAUGGUAAGGCAACGCCUGCAGGGGUGGGGGGCAUGCCUUUGCUCUGGAUUUAGGGAUGUUACAAACACUAAAAGUUUGCUUAAUAGGUUAUAUAUAACAAAACGAAACCUACCAGUUAUUAUGGACAAGUCAAAGAGAUUUUGGAAAAAGGCAAAGGGAAACAGCUGGGAAACAAUUUUUUUAACCACGGUGGGCAUAUAGGACGCAAAAAAGUGCAUCCUUGGAACUACUUUUGCAUUUUUUAUUCGUUUGAGCUCAAACUUUGUCAGAUGGUGGAAUGUUGUUUUGCAAAAAAUCCUAUGUUUUUUGUUUUUCAAUUUUAACUGUUUUGGUGGGAAAACGACGUCAGAUUGAUUGACAGCAAAAUUUAAAUUUCAAGUUACGGCAAACAUAUAAAUAAUCUUGGAAGAGCAUGACGUGACAGAAACAAAUGUGAAAAAAUUUUUGGAAAAGCUCAAUUUCUUUAGGAGAUAUAGCAUCUUGAAAUGUACUUAUGUUUCUAAAAAUGGUAACAAAAUGGCAAGGAAUUCAAAAAUCAAAGCUUAAGGUAUUGGAACUGCUAUAAACUCAAAAAAUGAUCAUGCUUAUAAAAUCGCUUCUUUAAAAUGUACUCUUACCUGAACUCAAAUGCCAAAAGUGAAGCAUUUUCGUUAAAUAUAAGCCGAGAAAACAAAGGCCAAAGUUAGUAUCUAAGAGUGCCUUUUUGGAAAUAUUUAUAAUCACAGGGCUGAAAUCUGACGCGAUACUUUCCGUUGUUGACAGAAAUGUUGCAAUUUUCACAACCCGACACACGAUAAUGCGUUACCAGUUUCAAGUAAGCCACGGCAAAUUAUAGCAAAUUUGCUUACAUUCUGCUUCCCCAAAUGAAGUAUGAUUGUUUUGAUUUUCUAAAUAAUUUCUAUUGCAGUAAAAAGCCUUCUAGAGACACAUUAGAUAUUUGAUCCUUGCAAGGUCAAUGACAGAUAAGGCCGCAGUUUAAUGAUCUAUUAUGUAAAUUAGCACGUUGCUAAGGCUCCGACGCCAUAUUGAGAGCACGUCAUGCAACGAGUUCAAACGAAGAUUUUUGUAUUUUCUUGCCACUUCCCAUGCUACAAUCGGGUCAGUGUCACAACAAACAUUAAGAACAGCAGUUUACUCAUAAGAAUUCAAGAAGACGAUGAAGGAGACAGCGCAGUGCUAUGAAAAUUAAGGGCGAAUUAAGGGCAAUUUUUCGGCUGUGCUGGACCGCAGUGACAACAAAUUGAUGUAAAAAGAUGAGGAUUAAUAAUACCGCGUUGAAACUUGCCAGGUUUAUUCACAUAAUGUUAAGGAAAUGUGCAUUAAGUUCCUGGCUAUUCCCGGAAUAUUUUGUAAUUUUUGCGGUGGACUGAAGUUACUGGGCAUUACAAAAAAAUUUCACCUCUAUAUCUCAGGAAAAGUUUACUGGCUACUACCAGGAAUUUAAAGGCAAAUGAACAAACUAAGUAUAAGUCAGUUCCAAUUUUUUUUUAUUCCUAGCUAUCGAGAGAAAGCCAGAAAUAGGGAAUUAUUGAAUUUUUGAGCCUGCGAUAUAAAUCAGAAGUAACACCUUAGAUGUGAAAAUUGACACCUCAGAUGUCAAUUUUCUGAAAGCUCAGCUCUCGCUUGAUAGGCCUGUGUAAUUUUCAUUUUGUAAAAUUCGUAAUCAUUUGAGAAAUAAAUUUUUCAAGUGGAAGGGUUUAUAGCAGAUCUAAUACCUUAACUCUUUAGCCAGUUGAGCUUUUCAAAAAAAUAUUUCACACUAUUCUGUCGUGUCAUGCUUUUUUAAAAUUAUUAUUAUUUGUUUUUCCACAUCUUGAUAUUUCAAUUUUGCUGUAAAUCUUGUGAUGUCAUAGCCUGAAUUUCAUCCGAUUACUUCGAGUCGUUAUUACUCCCUCAGUAACGUCUGAAUCGACCGGCCGUUAAUGCCGUCCAGUGACGUCACUACUCCUUGACCUUUGCUUUAAUUCAUGCAAAAAGUAAAACACGAUUUUCAAGUGGCAAACCGAGAAAUAUCGUUUGAAAAUGUCUCCAUGAUACAUAACUGCUUUAUUUUUUUCGAUCGUAAUUCAUGUUUAACGUUCAAACUAUCAACUACAUGCAGUACAACUCUGAACCGGUAGUACUGAAUUCUAUAAUCAAACUCGGUCGCAAUCACGCAAUGAAAUAAACACACACACACGAAAUACUUGGUUCAAAAACACAAUGAUUUGCUUUAAUUGAAAAAAAGCUAUCUGGUCCUUAGCGAAGAAAAAAAACAAGGAAACAAGAAAGAAAAGCUAACAGAAUCAUUUCACUUGACGGUGAAAAUAGCAAGAAGAUNCUCCCUCAGUAACGUCUGAAUCGACCGGCCGUUAAUGCCGUCCAGUGACGUCACUACUCCUUGACCUUUGCUUUAAUUCAUGCAAAAAGUAAAACACGAUUUUCAAGUGGCAAACCGAGAAAUAUCGUUUGAAAAUGUCUCCAUGAUACAUAACUGCUUUAUUUUUUUCGAUCGUAAUUCAUGUUUAACGUUCAAACUAUCAACUACAUGCAGUACAACUCUGAACCGGUAGUACUGAAUUCUAUAAUCAAACUCGGUCGCAAUCACGCAAUGAAAUAAACACACACACACGAAAUACUUGGUUCAAAAACACAAUGAUUUGCUUUAAUUGAAAAAAAGCUAUCUGGUCCUUAGCGAAGAAAAAAAACAAGGAAACAAGAAAGAAAAGCUAACAGAAUCAUUUCACUUGACGGUGAAAAUAGCAAGAAGAUUAUAACAUUGAUCUCAGAAAACUUCGCGUCCCGGGCUUCGCGUAAACAAAAUCACCGGCCGCCGAAACCACAAAGCGGCUCUAAAUGAAAAACCUAUCGACUCUCCGCAAUGAUUCUUCAUUCGCAGUUCAAUUUAGCAUUAAAGUUUCGAAGACAAGGGCAAUUUUGCUGUUUAAGAUAAAGAUUAAGCUUAUCGAAAUGUUUGAACUGCACGAAAGAAUGCCAGGGAUGCGAUCCGCUGAAAAUCAAGCGACAAUCCCGCUAAAAUUUUCAUAAUUAUACAUAAUUAUGCGAAUGUUUAGACAAUCAACCAAUCAAAAUCACUACCCGGUUUUCGGGUAGUGAGUGACGUCACUGGACGGCAUUAACGGCCCGUCGAUUCAGACGUUGUUGAGGGGAGAAAACGACUCGAAGCAAUCGGAUGAAUUUCAGGCUAGUGAUGUCAUUUUCCUGUCAAAAACCAUUAAAAUAAAAAAACAAUAAACAUAGGAUUUUUAAGAAUGUACGUAGAACGCGCUAAAUAAAGGUUACCAAUUCAAGACUUUACUUGAUUAUCAUAGAACUUUGCAUUCUUGCAGUUCUACAAUCCAGCAAAGUUUGAGCGUAAACGAACAAAAAAUGCAAAAGUAGUUCCUUGGAUGUACCUUUUUGCAUCCUAUGUGCCCACUGUGGACUUCUCUCACUUUGUUCUUGUACUGAGCUUAAUGACCAGCACAUUGAUGGCAAUUCCUUUUCCCCCUGUCUUUCCUAUGAUUUGAAAAUCAGUGAAGGUGACCAUGUGAGUAGAAAAAAGCAGGAAAUGCUCAUAAGACCUUCUUUACCACAAAAAUACACUUGCAGCCAGUCCAAGGCUGUGUUCUAGAAAAGCAUUUGGAGAGCCUAAUGCUCUGUACCUAUGAAAUCCAGAUGGGUCUUCAGAAUAAGUAAGGUGUGAGGGGCCCCCAGGGGGUUACUCUGAAUUUCAAGUGAUGGGGAUGAUCAAAGGAUUUGUUUGAGUUUGAAAUUUUUAAUUGUGGGACUUUUUUGGGUAGGAUAAUUUGGCAAGUAUCUUUUUGUUGGUGGAUUGAUUUAAGUGGGGAUUUUUGGGGUAUAAUUUCAAAACAAUCUAAAGAUUCGUGAUAGUACCAGUGUAUGAUAACUUCAGAUGGUAUGAUGAAGAAACAAAGUUAACACAAUUGAGUUAAUUUCUAAAUGAUUUUAUUUUUUUGUGUUAUAAUUAUCACUUAAUGCCUUCUGGAAAUUUUUAAGGCUUGGAAAUUGGGCAUUGGAUUUUUUGGGGGUUAAUUUUUGGUCCAGGGAUUUUUGGGGAUUGUGAUUUUUGCCCCAUUCGAUCAUCCCUUUCACUUGCAAACCAGAUUCCCCCAACCCCCCCGGGGGAGGAGCAAUUGGGCACUGCUAGAGCACAGCCCUUCAUUUAGGAAUUAGUGUAUAAUGUUGAGGAAAAUCCAUCAGAUGGUCUUGACAGGUGUUUUACAGUCUCUACACAUAUAAGAAAAUGACUCGUGGGUUUUUGUAUAUGCAAUGACAAGAGGAUUAAAAAUUAAUUAAAAUUAUUCAAAAUUAAACAGAAAUAACACAAGCUUUUGCAAGUGAGCAGAGUGGAAAACAAGAUAUCAUUGACCCCAGAAAUGGACAGAUGGACUCUUUUUGCUGUGAAAUUCAAAAUCAUAAUAAAUAUAUUAUAAAUCUUGGAAUGUACUUGUACGUAAAUUAAUAAUUAAAUGCCCCAUUGUUUUUAUUAGGAAAUUAAUUUUGUUAUGGACUGUUCUAAACUUAUGUCUGUGUUAUGUACAAGAUGAAUAGCUACUUUGUUUUCUAAUUCAGGAAAAACCAUGGUUCCUACAUGGUUUGGGAUGAUGCAUUAGAGUUAAGCCCAGCAUUUACAAGGUAAUAAUAAUAAAAUAUUGUUUAAUAUAUGAAGCAAUGAUUCCGUUAUGUUUAUUGACCUUUACGUUAUUUAUGCAUUUUAUGGCACUUGCUACCUGAAACAUAAGUGUCCUAAAACAAAUAAAGAUUUAUUUUUGCUUGUAUGUUAAGUUAUCAAAAGUUUUUUCAAACAGUCUUUUUAGAAUUUUUCAGCAACAAUUCAACAUUGAGAGAAAGGCAUUAUAAUAAUAAUAAUAAUAACGCGAAUAUUUAUACAGGAUAACCUAUCAGUUCUAAUAAAAAGAACUGUUAUCAAAAGGGUCCUGUAAUUAUCUCAUAAUUAGCUAAAAAAUAAAAAAUCGAAAAAGGAAAAUAGAAUAAAACUUGUGAUUCUUUAGAUUCUAAAUUUUUAGUUUUAGACAUUUUUAGUAGCUGAAUGUUCUGACUUUUCUCAAUACUUAAUACCUUAUGAUAACAAAAAAUUGUUUUAAAUUACUCUUAAAAAGAAACCUUGAAUUUACAGUUCUUAAAUGCCGAGGUAAAGUAUUAUAAACUAGAGCCCCUUGAAAGGCAAAACUUCUCCGUCCAAAUUCUAAUUUGGUUUUGGGAAGUUUUAGUGAUCUCUACUGAUCUCUAUAUUAAUUUUCCUUGUUCAAUUUCAGGGAGUCUGAAUUUCUUCUUGACAAUUUGGCAGGUAUUUAUUUUGAAAGUGAAUAUACAAAAUUAAUUUUUAUGUCUUUGAUAAAACUUGCAAAGAAUAAUGUUGUGAUAGUUCAAUAAUAUACCAUUGUAUUGAUCCUUAAAGUUAAAGAACAUUGAAUUGUUUAGACACCUAACUAUUGGUGAUACUCAAUCAGGGAUCUGGGCAAAGUCGCAUCCAAACAUACUUCAGAUUCCUCAUCAAACCAGAGCAGCUAAUUGGGACAGGAGAUUAUAGCGUGAAAUCAAUGCAGGGGUAGUUGAAAUUUGACUGCAAGCAGUUCUCUUAGUUUCUUUUCAAAACCAUUGGGGUAGCACAAACAUGGGAAAAGCAGACUGCGAUAAUGCAAAAAGUCUUAGUUGAUUUUCCUGUUUGUGAUAGAAGAUAUUUUCUGGCCAUUCAGAAGCAGGUAAUCAGAUAAAUAAAAUGUUUUUGAAUCUUCUGAUUCUGGAACUAAUUCAUACACCUCUUUCAUAAUGGUGGCCUAUUAAUGUAUUCUUUUAUAGGUAUGAUAACUAGCCUUUCUGACCUCGUUAUCACAUGUAAAAUACAAAACAAUUCUUACUUUCAAACGAGACCAGGAAGGUUCAUUCACAUACAUAUAAAAGAAUAGAUAAAUGGGCGGCCAUUAUGAAAGAGGUAUGUUAAGAGUAAUUACCCAGGGGCUUUCCUGUCUUUUAUUGCUGAGUCUUUGCAAUGAUUCUUCUCAUAAACAACAGUUCCUUUACCCUUUCCUUUGUAUUUCUGCAGAUUUAUUUUUGUGCAAAAAACCUGGUUAAAACAAUAGGCUGAUUUAGCAACAGAAGGGGAGCGCGCACGUCAGAUGAUGACCGGAAAGCGCGCAAAAAGGACUAAACGCGACUUCUGGUGCUCAAUUUGCCGCUCUGCCAUUGGUCAAGCCAGUUGUUCGGUUUGCGCGCGCCGUCGUCGACUGACAUUCCCGUUGGCGUUCUGUUGCUAAAUCAGCCUUAAGGGUAAAUGAAGGGUAAUACGACUUGCUGGUAUUUUCCCACCCUUGACAUUGGCUCUUUGUAUUAAUCGGGUUUUCAAGGUCUGUUUUGUUUAGCUAUAAAAAAAAAUGCGUAAAAACUUUUCUUCAAAACCUUUAAGAAAUUUUUAAAAAGUUAGAAAAUAUAAUAUACAAUGUUUCGACGUUCUUAGACGUCAUUAUCAAGUAAAAAAAAAAAAACAGUAUGAAUGUUCUAUAAAUUAUACAAGAAAAAGCAGAGAAAAUAGUCUCAUUCUAGGUUUUUAAAAGUUCUUGACUUUUUUUUGAGUUAUUCUUUAGCUCACUGUUUGCUUCUUGAUUUCUUGUUUUAGCUGAUCAAGAACCAGGAACUCCUGAGCUUCAAAUCUAUGAGAUCCCUUUGGACUCCCUUGGGCAACAGCGAGUGUACAUUGGAACUAAACGUAUUGCUCCCAAAAGUGAUGAUCACAAGGAGCGUACGCAGGUCGCAAAGUUUACUAAAAACAGAAAGCACAGGAGGAAACAUCGUGAAGAUUUUCGGGUAAACACGCUUCCCGCCACAGCUGGCAGAAGGGAUCAUAUUUACAGUUCAGUUAAUGAUGAAGUCAACAGUGCUUUAAGUGAAGGUAUGAUCAUUAGUGUGGCAGUUUACAGCAUUUAGUAUUAAGCACAUCUGUUUUAUGUGUUUUUAGAUUACUAAUAUAUUGGUUUCUUUAAUAUAUAUCCUAGCGGUCAAAUCUUCAUCUACUCAUAGAAGCACUGUAAUUUCUCACGCGGUUGCCUACUCGUCAAGAAGGCUUCCAAAAGCGUGAUGAGGUCUAUACUAGGGAGCUUGAGCAAAGGCGUUUUUGAGUCACGCACGUCAACCGGAAGUGAGGCCUUUUCCCUUUUAAUAUGCCUUGAUGUCACCAAAUGUAUCUUGCUAAGUGUCUUCACUUGACCAAGAAUGCAAGAAGUCCACUUCUGGUUGACGUACGUUGCACAAAAACGUCUUUCCUUAUACUAGUAACUGUCUGUUUUUCAAGCGUUACCGUGGCCCCUACGAAGGUUUAUUUCUUUUCAUUAAUCAAUCAAUCAAUCAAUCAAUCAAUCAAUCAAUCAAUCAAUCAAUCAAUCAAUCAAUCAAUUUAUUAGUGUCAUAGCGUAGGAUAGGGUUGCCCCCAGUAUCCGAGCCAUUACAUUGUUACAUGUACUUGAAAUCAUUUUAUCUUUCAGGUGACCUGCGUGAGGGUAGGAGUGUCAGUGGGCACACCCUUCCCACGGUCAUAUUGUCAGCUCAAAAUCUACUUAAAGGAGACUUCUUAAAGUCCAAUAAUAGCGGAUCAUCUCUCGAUAUUAAAAGAGACAUAAGAUCGCUAACGCUUGACUCUAAAACCAAGAGUGUAUCCAACUUGUUUCAGAACAGACCGCUGCCUCCUGCUCCCAGUAAACGCUUCUCAAAAAGUCUUGAUCGUUUGCGGUUUCUGGAAACCGGGCAAUUCAGUAAAGGAAAAGGCAAAACGUUUCCUUUUCAUCAAAAACGAACUCCCAAGCGAGCUCAUCCUAUGCUCGUCAAGUCUUCAAGCUUCGGGGGUACAUUUAAUAAGAUAAUUAACGCAUCGCAGCCUCCAGUGCCAGCACCUAGAAAAGGAUCUUUAGAUCUCUGGGAUAAAUCAGCUGCUUUCGAUCUGGGUCAUAUAAGGAAAUCACAGUUAUGCCACAGACAUUCGAAGUCUUUGGAUACUCUUCUUCUCUUGCGUGAUCUCAGUUGGACGGCCUACGAUGUUGAUAUAUAUCACUCGUAUGCAAGCGUACACAGCAACCAAAGUGAUAACAAUAACGAGAAGGAACCUUCGUAUCAAAGUGUGACAAGCGAUGAAAAGCCCUCAAGUCUCGAUGAAGGUAGCGGAAGACUAAGCUCUCAGGGUAAAGCUAGAACUUUAUCUGGCCCCCCUGUUGAUAGCGAUGACCCAGAUGAGCAUUUUGAUGAGGAAAAUCCUUAUGCCAGUGUAAGUGAGGAAGAAAUGUCCAAAACAGGAAGUUCUCAGAGUGGAAGGGAAUCACGAAAUUCAGAUCAAGAAAGUAAUAUAAGAGAUAGUGGCGCGCCUUCCAGCACUUUAGAACCUGAAGAGUCUACUUCUCCUUAUGCUUCGGUCAGAAUAAGUCAGAUCCCCGGGCUGGUUAUCCGUCCUUCGCUGGGUGAGGAAAGCAACUGCAACGAGGAAGUCUUUGCGACUGAAGCUGAGUCGGAUUUCACUAUAGGUACUGGCAGUGAUCCUAGAGAGGAUGAAGAUUUAAAGCGGGCGAGCACACACACCUAUCUGGAACUUUUCCCUGACAGCGGCAGAGAGAGCAUAAUCUCAGAAACGAGCUCGGGGUAUGCAAGGCCAUUAGAUGUACUCUCAGAUAUAUCAGAGCCUUUGGAAAACACUUCCGUUGAUGCUGAUAGUUCUUCUGAUAGUGCUAUUAAGAUUCUUGAACAGUGUCCUGAGAAAAAGGAUGAUUUGGUGAAUCCCGGUGAAGAAGGGACUGAAACAAAAGCGACUGCUGCGAAGACCGAUCCUCGACUGUCACAACUUUUCUUUGAAGAUCUCCGAGAAGAUGAAGAUGAAGAUGAAGCAAAAAGCGAGCUCGGAGAAGGAAGAUCACCCACAGAUGAACAUACUUACGAAAACUCACAGGUUUUUCAGAACUCAAAACAUCGGAAUGCUUUUGAGCAAGUAGAAACCAUUUCUAGCGAAGCUGCUAACGCUCAAACAUUUUAUCUGCAAGAACCUCGCCUUUCCGAGGAAGUGCAUGUCUGAGAUAUUUGACGACGCAGUCGGUAGACGCUCUGAAAUCAGGCUUAGAUCAGUGGUUUCGAGGAAAAGAGAAGUUGAAAUUCAUUAAUGUUAAAUUUAGUUUUGUAGAUAGUUAAAGAGCUACAUCUUUUGGCUCUUAAAAAAUGGCUUAUGGUGUUAGUUUGUAUAGGGCUGUUAAGAGAUUUAAGGUGAGGGAUUUAUAAGUUUCGUGUAAUUAUGCAAUUACGAGUAGUAUGAUUAUAAAUCGUGAAGAAAUACUUGUUAAUACUUGACUGGGAUGUAACGAUCUACCAGACAAGGUUUACGCUUGGGAAAGCAACUUUUCAGAAUGUGAAGAAUAUCCUACUCUUCAAAUUGAAGGAGAUCAUUUGCGGCUGGCCCGUAGAUGCGUGUUGAGCUGGGCUCACUAUUGAAUGCAUAUCAUAUCUGUAUGGUUGUUAUGGUAACCAGCCGGGUGAAGGACGCUGACCUUAAAGCUUCCGGAAAUCUCAACUCAAUCGACCCAUGGAAAUUUGAGCAGGCUCAAAACUUUGGCAAAGUCGAUGAAUCGGGUUGUCUGAUGAAAGUAGAUCUUGUCCUCGUAGUUAAUAAACAAUCUGAUCUUUGAAAACUAAAAGAAGGUGAAAAAAGUCAGACUUAAUUUGAAAGGGAAUUUUUUCGAUUCAGGUUUCUUUUCUUUUCUCACAUUUCUUUUCUUCUUUUUCUCAACCGCUUCGGUUAUUAGUAUAUCUGAAAGGAUCACAUCUACUUUCAUCUAUUCCCAUCACAGUUAAUGAUUUCAUACUUUAAGCCGAACCUUUGUCAUCUUGAUCAAACCCUUCUUUCCGUUUACACCCAGUACUUGGAAGGUUCAAGCAAACUUGAAGUAAAACAAGGAUACAGACUGAAGUUACGGAUUGCGCGCGGUUAACUCUCGAAGUCAAGUGCUCGUAGUGUAAUUAGUAUAAGACAGAAACUAAUUUUUAUGUAAUACGUGAAUAAUGUGAUGAUUAGAAAUCUAGAGCAGCUAAGAGCUGAUAUAAGGAAGAAAUCUAUCUAGUAUAUGAAAUGGUAGCAAAAUUUUAAGAUCCUCGAUUUGAUUUUGUGGAUAGUAAGACUGUUGCCUUGUUUUGCUCUUCCAAUAGAGUUAGUGCACGCGUUUUUGAUUGUCUUUAUGGUAUACUUAAAAAACUAAAGAUUCUUGAGCAAAGAGCUAUAAGACGGAGAUGUCAGGCGCUCAAACGGUGGUCUGGGCUGGGAGAGUUAUUUUCAACACUUUGGGAAUGACUAACUUUUCACGGAAGAUGGUUACACGCGGCUGGCCCGCCGGAGUGUGUUGAGCUGGACUCACUGUUGAUUGUAGAUCACUGUAAUUGAGAGUCUUCUGGUAUUGCUGGGCGAUGAGCCGUCGCAAGCUCUUAUGCUGGUCUUAAAAUAGGAUACAAAUAAUGUAGUAAUAAGAAAUCUGGUGCGGCCAAGAAUUUAUGAAAAGACAAAUAAUUAUAUCUCUAUAAAUUUUUGUAU